UCCAAUUUUUAAAGCUCCAAAGUAGUUGGUUUUGACACAUAGAGCAUUGAACCCAAGCAUUAUUUUUACAAAAUAUCAUUAAAACUUACCCAUCGAGAUAUCCUUGAGCAAGAUCUAACAACUUGGUAACAAAUUCUUCAUUGCUUUUAAAUCCCAGAGCUAUUCUAAUGGAGUUCCAUUUUUUAAUGUUUUGGGAACCGAUUAAGUUUCCAGCUGGGGAUUUUUAAACACAGUUGGCUGGCCUGAAAGUUACUAAAUUCAAUUUGAUCAUCAAAAAAUCAACGGAAAACGUGACAGAAAUAUAUCUAGUGAAUAAAAGGACAAGUUUUGCAAAGUUUUUAUCGUAUAAUUUUAUGGUUUACCAAUUGUAAUACUACCCCAAUAACGCAAUGGCAUCUAUGAGCAGGGAGGAAUUAAUAAACAGUAUCUAUUACUCGGACAAAUACUAUGAUGAUGUGUUUGAAUAUAGGCAUGUUGUACUUCCCAAAGAAAUGGUUAGCGUAGUACCCAAAACUCAUUUAAUGUCUGAAGAUGAAUGGCGAGGUAUUGGAGUUCAACAAAGUAAAGGAUGGGUGCAUUAUAUGAUUCAUUUACCAGAACCUCAUAUUCUUCUUUUCAAGAGACCUAUAACAACACCUCCGCCCUCCCAAUAAGAAAUAAGUCAAAUUUUGUACAAACCCAUUCCCUAUUUUUAAGUUUUCGGAUAGUUUAUUACAGUAAAAUACCUUCAUCUGAGUAUUUGUUUUUUAAAAACUGAAAGUACUAAAAGAAAAUUAAAUAGUUUUUGAUUAUUCUUGUAGUUUAUUAAAUAAUAUUUAAAUGUUUGAGUGCUGAAGAGUAAAGAUAUUUAAAUAGAAUAACAUGAAUUCUAAACACAAAAUGGUGAAGUCUACAUAUGUUAGUAAUAACUAUAUUGUUUCAUCUCACAUAUUGCAUGAAGAGUUCCUGCCUGUGUCAUAUUUUUAAUAUAAAUGUCAAAGGAGCUGUGAAACAUAUUGUUUUUUAUGUCUUCAUAUAAUAUAUCUACAAAAUACUCUAUGGUCUUUACGUAGGGAAUUUGUACUCAGUACUUCAUACAAUUUUGAAAAGUAAUUUGAUUCAUUAUUUGUAUAGAAUAGAAUUAAUUAUCACAUAUAGGCAAAUUUUGGUAUCGAAUUGAAAACCUCUUAUUUGGUUUUGACAAAUUAUAGGAAUAAACAAAAACUGUACAAUUUGCUAAAAGAUGUGAUUAGUUAGCGAAAGAGACCUUCUGCUCUUAACCAUAAUAUAUGAGUUGUUAAUUAUAAAACACAUUGUGUUCGAAUGUAUCUUUAUGUUUGAAUUUUUAGUGAAAUUGUUUAUUCCAUACCUAGAUAAAGAUAUUUUAAUGUAAUGAUGUUAUUUAUCAAAAUGGAAGGCUGUAAUGUGUUUUAGAUCAAUAGCUACGUUUCAUUUUUAAGUAUACUUGUAUUAUAAACAUUUUUACUUGUUUUUAUUGAUAAACUUGGAUUAGUUCAUGCUUUUAAUUAGUAAAGUUUUGUGAUACUCUAAAAUAAAUCCACGUUUUUUUAUUGAAA